UCUAUAUCUAAAGGGCUCCAAGCUGUCCCCCUCUCUCUCUUUCAAUUCUCCUUUUUGAUCCCGCAGCAGAAAAAAUGACAUCUUACACAGACAAGGGUGAGAAGCAUGAAAAAGGACGGUUCCUCCGCUUCCAUUCUCUGACAUUCUGGGUGGGAAAUGCAAAGCAGGCAGCGUCGUUUUAUUGCAACAAAAUGGGCUUUGAAGAACUGGCCUACAGAGGCCUGGAAACAGGGAGCCGAGAUGUGGUAUCACACGUCAUCAAGCAGGACAAGAUUAUUUUUGUCUUCUCUUCGGCUCUCAACCCGGGAAAUCAAGAAAUGGGAGCGCAUUUAGUGAAGCACGGAGACGGCGUCAAAGACGUUGCCUUUGAAGUGGAGGACUGCAAUUUCAUUGUGCAAAAAGCAAGAGAACGGGGAGCCUUAAUAGUGAAAGAGCCUUGGAUAGAGGAAGAUAAAUUUGGGAAAGUGAAAUUUGCUGUUGUUCAGACGUAUGGUGACACCACCCAUACCCUGAUUGAGAAGCUGGACUACAAAGGCCUUUUCUUGCCCGGUUUUGAGCCACCUCUCUUCAAGGAUCCACUGCUGAAAAGUCUGCCACAAGGAGGGCUGAAUUUCAUUGACCACGUUGUGGGGAACCAGCCUGACCAGGAGAUGGUGCCGGUGGCAGAAUGGUACCAAAAAAACCUCCUGUUCCACCGCUUCUGGUCUGUGGAUGAUAAACAAUUGCACACAGCGUUCAGUGCUCUCCGGUCAAUUGUGGUGGCCAAUUAUGAAGAAACUAUUAAAAUGCCCAUUAACGAGCCUGCUGUGGGGAAGAAGAAGUCUCAAAUCCAGGAAUAUGUUGACUAUUAUGGAGGCCCUGGAGUCCAACACGUUGCUCUGAAUACCUCGGACAUUAUUUCUUCGAUUACGAACCUGAAAAAGCGGGGCAUGGAGUUUAUGUCUGUUCCCUCGUCCUACUACCAGCAACUCCGGAAGAAACUGGAAUCCGCCAAGAUUAAAGUGAAAGAGAACAUCGACAAACUGGAGGAGCUCAAAAUCCUAGUUGACUAUGAUGAGAGAGGGUACCUGCUCCAGAUCUUUACGAAGCCUGUUCAGGACAGGCCAACGGUCUUCCUAGAAGUCAUACAGCGGCACAACCACCAGGGAUUUGGUGCUGGAAACUUCAAGUCUUUGUUUGAAGCUAUUGAAGCAGACCAGGAUGCCCGGGGAAACCUCACCAUCUUGACACCCAAUGGAGAAUCAGAUUUCAUGUAAUGCUUGGCCAUGAGAACAAUUACAUUAACUUUAAGGGUUAGGAUACUUUUUCCCAACAGCAAUUAAAGAGUCAUCAGAAUAGAUCCGCACCCCCCAUCUUCCAUAAAAGAAGAGUUAGUACAAUCAGGCAGGGUUAGUUGCUAGGAAUGUAUCAUUGAUCCUAGACCCCCCCUCAGAGCAGUUUUGCAGGUGGAAAUACAAAUGUGCCUCCCCCUCAUCUCUUCCCAUUACUCUCGAAACACGGAAAGUGGAAAUAUGACUUUGCCUCUCAAAUCGCUUGAAUUUUAUUACAUUGUAAAGCUAUCCACUGUGGUCAUUUUUAAAUACAAUUGAGGCAAAGUGUACCACUUGGUCAUCUGGAAGCAAAGUUGUAUGAGAGCCAGGAGCUGAAACUUGUAGGGGAGCUUCUACAGUGCAUCCCAGAAUAUCAGGCGUCUCAGUUUAAACUCUGCAUGCAAGCUCUGACACUGGGAGACUGGUUCUGCUGUCAAACUGGUGGUCUUCACACAAGAGUUUCCAUAAAGGGAAGCGAGUUCGGUGUAAACAUGCCAGUCUUGCAACGUUAUGAAACUCAGAACGAUUUCUUCAUUUCUUUGCUGAAUAAAAAGAUUCUGGCCAUGGA